UUUCGUUAUCGUUAGCAUGAGAUACUCAACGACGUCACGAUUUUCUGUUAUCACCUUAAUAAUAGUUGAUACUUGAUAGUAUCCUUCACCCGUUAAAACGAAAAAGUGUAUACGUAUUUCUUUUUCAUUUAUUUUUCACGAUGUUCGAUUUAAACUAAGUGUUUUAGUACAGCCGCUGACGAAUUGUAUUGUAGACUAUAGAAGAAUCGCUCGUCCGUCAAAAUCAGCCAGCCAUGCAUUCUUUACUGUCCCGAGGCAACUCGGUGCUGGCGUAUACGCUGAGCGUACUCGUCACUCUCACGUUCGCGUGUUUCCUUUCCACCAUAUUGGUUGACUAUCGAACCGGUACCGAGAUGCAGACGCUAAAAAUCGAAGUGAAAAACUUACCAGAGUAUGGUGUAUCCAAAAAGAUCAACGACUUGGGUCACAUAACAUUCAAUCUUGAUGCAGAUCUCACUAGCCUAUUCAAUUGGAAUGUCAAGCAAUUGUUUGUGUACAUGACUGCAGAAUAUGAGACACCUACAAACGCCUUAAAUCAAGUAGUUUUGUGGGACAAGAUUAUUUUGAGAGGUGAGAAUUCCAACUUGCGCCUUAAAAAUAUGCGAACAAAAUAUUACUUUUGGGAUGAUGGUAAUGGUUUAAGAGGGAAUAAAAACGUGACUCUUACCCUGUCCUACAACAUCAUACCAAAUGUGGGUCGAUUGCCAAAUGUAGGUGCCAUUGGAUCUCAUACAUUUAGUUUUCCUCCACACUAUACACGAUGAUGACACAACAUUGUUCCUGAUUUGAAUAUAUGAAUAUAAUAUUAUGUUAUAUGUUAA